CCUUCGUGGGUAUCUCGGACUGAAUCAGUUCGGCACGACAGUUUAAAAACACAACAGCUCAUCGGUGAGAAGGAUAAAGGCUGGAGAUCGGAUAUCGACUCUUAUCGAUCAGAAGAGACAGAAAGAUGCUGCUGGAUGUUUUCUCCGUGUCAUAUCAGGGCUAAACGAAGCGCAGCGAUGGAGCAUCGCGCCGUUAUUAUUCCUCUAUUGUCCGGUUAUUAUCCUUUGUCAUAGCCGCCGGCUGUUAUUCAGCGUUAUAUUCGAGUUCGUACCGGAAACGCGCAGAUGAACUGAGACAACAUGAGUGGGAUUUUUCCUCCUAUGUACCUCCAAGAUGGAAGAUUUUCAGUUUUUUUCUACAGGAUGAUGGAGAGUGUCAUUGCGCAGUGCAGUACGGGGUACAUCUGCACUGUUUUUGGAUGGCCAGUGUGAUCAUGAUCAUAAGUAUUGCAUGACUGCUGUUGCUACAUAAAGGCUGUGAAUCACUCCAUCCAUAAGGCUGCUAUUCUUCUUCUUCAUCAUCGUCAUCACUGACUUGAGUGGUGUCAAGCCGCUCUCCUCUCCAGCUCCUACAGAUGAGAGGUAAACAGUAUCAGCAGAUCAGACCUGCAGGACCUCGAGAGACCGACAGUGACUAUGGAAGGAAACUCAGAACGUACCAAAACCCUGUGAAAAUAAUCGACCAGCCCGGCAUCGUGAUGAAGGUGCUAAGGAGAAAGCGGAUUAUUUUAUUCGUGGCCUAUUUCCUCCUGCUGGUUUUGACCAUGCUGAAUUUAGCCAACUACAGGUGGAGCAAAGAACCGCAGCAGUGCAGCCACCAGGUGAGGAGCACCACCUACCAGGGGCGCUCUGACAUCCGGUACCUUUACAGACCCGCUUUAGUUAAGAAAAGGCAGCUUGUUUACGUCUUGACCACGUGGCGCUCGGGGUCAAGCUUUUUCGGCGAGUUGUUCAACCAGAACCCUGAUGUGUUCUUCCUGUACGAACCCAUGUGGCACAUCUGGCAGAAGCUGUACCCAGGUGAUGCUGUGUCUCUGCAGGGUGCAGCGAGGGACAUGCUGAGCUCACUUUAUCGCUGCGAUCUCUCUGUGUUUCAGCUGUAUAACAGCCCCGGGGGCAAAAACAUUACCUCGCUCGGCCUGUUUGGUGCUACCCUCAACAAGGUGAUCUGCUCAUACCCGCUGUGUUCCGCAUACAGGAAGGACUUUGUGGGCAUGGUGGACGACAAGGUGUGUAAGAAGUGUCCGCCGCAGAGCCUCCGUCUGCUGGAGGAUGAGUGUCUGAAAUACAACACUAUUGUUAUUAAAGGGGUGCGCAUUCUGGAUGUCAACGUCUUGGCUCCUCUGAUGGAAGACCCCUCGUUGGAGUUAAAGGUCAUUCACCUGGUGAGGGACCCCAGGGCUGUGGCCAAUUCCAGGAUCAAAUCCAGACACGGACUGAUUCGAGAGAACCUGCAGGUGGUCAGGAGCCGAGAUCCUAAACUCCGCCGGCUACCGCUCGCAGAUGCCGCACAUAAAGCAAACAAAAAGGAUGGAGCUGACUACCACUCCAUAGGAGCCAUGGAAGUGAUAUGUGAUAGGACCUACAGGACCUUGAGGACGGCGUUGAAUCCUCCCAGCUGGCUGAAGGGGAAGUACUUGGCUGUGCGCUACGAGGACCUGGUGGAAAACCCGGUCAAGGUCCUGCGUCAAGUUUACCGCUUUGCUAACCUCAGCGCCAAUCACGACGUGGAGUCUUUUGCCCUCAACAUGACUAAUGGAACAAACUCGUCCUCCAAGCCGUUCAUUGUGUCGUCCAGGAACGCCACACUGGCGGCGAGCGCUUGGAGGACUCUCCUGAGCAUUCAGCAGAUCAAACAAGUAGAGGAUUACUGCCACCAGUCCAUGUCCGUGCUGGGCUACGAACGCGUAAGAACAGCCGCUGAGGCUAAAGACUUGAGCAAAUCCUUACUGACUGCAUCCAAACUGUGAUGCUAACCUUUCGCCAAAGACCUACAAAAUGCUCAUUUGAAUGAUUUUUCGUUGUAGCUCAGUAACUGUGGAGCUUUAUUUUGGUUCGGUGUUUCAUUGAGGGAUUUGACAUGCCUCAUAGGAAUGUACUGUUUUGUUAUUAUUAUUAUUUCUUUUCUUCUUAAAUUGAUUUUUUUAAGUUCUGAAAAAGCCGUCAUGGCUUUUCUACGUGGAUUGAUUAUGUAUGUGUAUGACAAACUGCACCAUGACUUGAAUAAUGAGAUGAGCCUUGAUGUUAUGUGAAUCACGUGUCUUGCGUCGACAAUGCUUUAGGGCUUUUUUUUUUUUAUUUUUGAUCUCUUCGAAUGUUUUCGAGACUCAUCAGUUUCAUUUGAAUUUGUUGACUCACUUUCAACGGAAACAAAAAAUGAUCAACAAACGGAAACGUUAAAAAAAAACAACAACACAAAAACAGUCAAAGCUCUCGUUCUUAAAGCAGGUGAUGCUGUUUAGUUACUGCAGGAUGCUCUCAGAGACAAUCAUUAAAGUGCUCUGUAAUGCUUUUUAUCUUUUCUUGUUUCUGCUACUUUGGCCUGCAUGUCCCUUUUCCAGAACUGGGUGCUCCAUUUUCUUGGCUAUUCCCAACUUCCUGUUGUCUUAUACUGCUUUAUUAGUGCUUCAACAUUUCUGUGGGAGUUGAUGUUCAUGGCUAGAGCAGAAAAAACUCACUUUUGCAUUGCCACUAGUCAGUAAUAGCCUAAACUGUGAGUUUUAGAGUAGAUAUUAACUAACAGAUCGACAAACUCCAUUCUCUUUCCCGCCCGUUAUCUCUUAUUUUUUCUUCUCUCUAUUACAACCCCAUACAAUUACAGGAUUUGAACUGAUUUCUUUAGAGCUCAUGUGAUUCUAAGUAGUGGUUUGGCCUUGAACACUCUCUCUCUCUCAUUUUUUUUUCUUUUUGUUUUAUAGUUGAACAGUUUUGUGGAACAUGUGAAGAAUGUGACUGUGUGCCUUCUGAGAUAUCAGAAAUAAAUAGCCAGGCUUGUUUUAGAGCACUAAAGAAUGUGUCAUAUGCAUGGCCUUCUAAGAAACAGCAAACAGACGCUUAUUCAUAUUCAGCCUAGAUAUCGGCUAAACGCUCUUGUGGGAAUGUUCUGCUUUACGACAAACAAAAAUGUAAUUAUCGACGCAGGCCGACGCUGACCAUUUGGACGUGGCCUUGAAAUUCCUGAACUCACAUAACCUUUGUGGAUGAAAUAUCAGUAUAUUUAGUAAACAUUGAUAUACAACUAACCAGAAUUAAAUCUCGAAGACAAGUUAGAAAAACUCUGGAGUAUUUGUCAGCAGAUGAAAUUCACUUACAAGUAAUUUGACCUGGCGGUAGUUCAGAACUUCGGGGAGGUGGGGGUCUAGUAAUAUGAGAACAAGUGAAGAAGAAUAUACAUGCACUGUUACGGGAAACUAAUAAUCAAUAUGUUACUUAAACAUCAUGUCAUGAAGUGGUUUAUCCUUUUCAUAUUUUAGCAGUUUGCCAAAUGAUUACAAUUUGUUCUUAAUUAAAAGAACAAGAUAUACUUUUUUAUCCAUUUAUAGUUACAGUCAGUGUUGUGCAAUAUCUCGAAAGGAAGUUAUAAACAACAAGCAUUUCCUCACAAAGUUGUCUUUUUAUUUAUACCAAAGAAAAGAUUGUCAUAUUACCAAAAAACAUAACAUGAAGCAUAAACUCUUUACUCCUUUGUCCUGAAGAAUUUCUGAAACUGUACUUAAAAUUACAAAGCGCUGGAUUUGGAGACUCCUUCCACUGAAGAUCAAUACCAGAAAGAUUAAUCAUGCCACCGAUGAUAUAUUUUCACAUCUGUUCAUUAGUCUUAGAUUAUAUAUGAAGCAUCCAGUCUACAAAUCAAAGUGAGCUCUUACUAUGGAAACCAUAACGCGUUUGAACGAGCGCAACCUGUUUGGGAUUUAUUGUAGAAAAUAAAUCAACACCUUCAUAUCAGUCUAAAUCGAUCGGUCCAAACAACAACAUCAUCAACAAGAUGAAGAAAUUUAUGAAGGAUUCUCUCUACUUGAGUAAAAAGCACAUUGGACAUUAUUUCCAGACUGGGGUUUCUAUCAUAUUUAUGAAAAGUGAUUUUUAUCCUAGAAUCUAAACAGUAAUUUAUCCCAGAAUCUAAACAAUAACAUCGCUGAAUAAAACCCUCGUGCACAUCGCAUAGAAAUGAAUUCAGUACAUGAGAAGUUUUAUUUAAGCUUAAUUUCCUCGGGUCAGUGGCACUGCUUAGACACCUAAACCCUCAGGAGUGCUACUGAGACAUUAGAUUGUGGGCGGGGCAUGAUUCUCAUUUGCAUAUUCAUAAAUAAUACUAUAAUGGCCCUUUUUUUUUUUUUAAAUGAUUGAAGCACGAUAUUAGGCAAAUAUAUUUUGUAACAAAUGAAGGUUUGUGUGACUAAGUUUCAGUUUCGUUGUUCACACCAGAGGGUAAAGAAGGACACAGACGUUCUGUAAACACGUUAAGUCAAAUCAUUUCUCCAGAGAUUCAGUUAUUGAGCAAAAAUGAAAAGCCAUUACUGCAAAGUGAUCAAGGCAUCACCAUGUGUUGUUUUCCACGAGGAAUUAGGAAAACAUGCACUUGCUGAGAGACGGAGUUGUCUUUGGCUGGCCUUAUUGCAGAGGUGCACAGCUGUCGGAAACGUUCCUGGUGCUGUUGGGAUUAAAUUGGAAGGUUAAUGUUGGGAACAAAAAACACUAAACAACUAAAUUACACAAAACUCAUUUCAAGCGACUAGGAUUUUAUUUGAGGAUAUCAUUACAUUUCACUACAGAUGAACAGUUAUGUUUAAAGUGAUGCUAAUGAAAUGAUAAUUAGCUUAAUUCACAAUAUCUCCGUGUUAUUAAAAGCCAGUGAUUUCCUGUCUAUACCAAAUGAACUUUUAGCCAUUCAGCAUGCACUAUCAAUAAACGUCUGAAAUUUAUUAUUGAUUAGCUGUUGAGGGUGAAGACGGCCAGUCGUUUGGGGAAGGACGAGCGGACGAAGGUGAUGAAAAUAUUGCAGAAAGAUAUUAAUGAUGUCGAGCAGCGCCGUAUCUCUGCUCCGAUCGAUACACCUCUCGUGGGGAAGCUCUCGUCAAGCACAGUAAAGCUUUAGGAUUGGGUUUUGUACUGUGUUUUAUUUUCUGCUGCAGGAAGGGCAUGAAGUGUGCACCUGGAGCACAUUCCCUCAGACAGCAGAUGCAGGAAGCAGCAGGGAUGGCUUCGGGAAAAACACCAGGGUCCGCGUUUUCUCUGAAGUGAGGAGUGUGAGAGGUGUGCAGGUGACAUUUGCAGCAGGAGCCAGAAGGACGGCAUGCUGUAAUCGCCAGACGCCUCAGGGAUUUCUUGGUACUUUGAAGUGUCUUGAAGCAUGACGCUGCUGUAAAGCACCUCAGCCAAUGAGCUUUAAGGGUUAUGAGGAGAAGACAAGUCAUAAAACAGAUUGAAACUUUGUUCCAUGCUUUAGGGAAAGAGAGAGAGAAAGAGAGAGAGAGAGAGAUUGUUGUUGUUUUUGGCGCUCUGAAGGUCACUGGAUGACUUUAUCUGUCAUAAGUCAUACAACACGAUUUCUUGUAAGUUUCCUUCAUGCUUUAGUGUAGUGGGAUGCAUUAAUACACUACCAGUGCAUGGAAAUACUCCCACUCUCCAGCUUGGAAGGUAAACCUACCAUAUAGCUUAAUGCUAUAGUUGUACAAUUGCUGUCUGUAAACCAUGGCAUGGGAAUUUAAACAUGUGAAAAUAAUUUCUUUGGAAAAUAAAUAAAUAAAUCAAGCUUAGCUGCUUAAGACAUUGUGCAGUGGUAGCUCACUGGUUAAUGAGCUGGGCUACUGAUCAGAAGUUAGAGAUUUAAGCUCCAUGUAGCGCUGCCACUCUUGGGCCUUUUUAAGCUUUUAACCUUCUCUGCUCCAAGGGAGCUGUAUCACGGCUGACCCUGUGCUCUGACCCCAACUUCCUAACAAGCUGGGUUAUGCGAAGGAAAGAAUUUCACUGUGCUGUAAUGUAUAUAUGUCUUCUUCUAUUACUUCUUGCUUUAAACAGUGGAGUAGGAGUUCCAGUAAAUAUGUAAUGAAUUAUUUGUUAAAUAAAAUUCACUUGUACAAAUACAAAUGGAAAAAAAAAAAUGCUUAUGAAAAUAAAUCAAUUUUGUAAUGGACAGAAAUGAAUCCUGUAUAAAAACAACAAUUAAUAAUUUAUAGAAAUAACAAUUAAACGAAUAAAAGAAAACGAAUGACAAAAAAAUCAGAUGAAAAUGAACAAAUCAUGGAAAGAAGAAGAAAUGCAAUAAAUGAGUGAAAUACUAGCACAAGGUUGAACUGGAUGUACAGUAUAUUAUUUAUGGAUAAGGAAAAAUCACAUGCAUAUAGAAUUGUGUCAGUAAUACUGUCAGUCCAUAAGUAUUUGGACACCGGCACAAUUUCAGUCAUAUUUUUCUCUAUAUACCACAACAAUGGAUUUAAAUUGAAGCAGUCGUGAUGUGGUCGAAGUGUAAACUUUCAGCUUUUAUUCAAAGGGUUUAGCAAAAAUGAUGUUUCAUUAUCUGUUUAGAAAUUGCAGCCAUUUUUUAGUGUCUCUCAAUUUUCACAUGCUCAAAAGGAAUCAGACAAACUGAAUAUGGUUAAACAUAAGGAUUAUUUUUUCAUGAACCACGUCCUGAAGUCUGGAGCUCAAGGUCAUCACCAAAUGCUGAGUUUCUUCUCCUUGAGAUGUUUUGUCAGGGCUUUGCAGCAGCUGCCUUGAGUUCCUGCUUGUUUAUGGAUCUUUGUGUCUUUAGUUUUGUCUUCAGUAUGUGAAAAGUGAACUCGGUUGGGUUGAGGUCAGACGACUGACUCGGCUAUUUAUGAACAUUCAGUUUCUUUGCAUUGAGAAGCUCUUGGGUUCUUUUUUUUGUAGGUUUUGGGUGAUUAUUGCAGCAUUUCACUGAAUCUGAGUAGAAGGAAUAGCUUUGUACACUUCAUCCUGCUUCUUCUUUCAGCAGUUACAUCAUCCAUACACACCAGUGACCCAGUUCCAUAGGCAUCCAUACGUCCCUGUGCUAUAUCACUGCCUCCACCUUGUCUGACAGGCGAUGUGGUUUUCUUUGGAUCAGGAGCCUCCCCUUUGAUUUUUCCAUACUCUUCUUUUCCUAUAAUUCUGCUACUAAUUCUAAGGCCAAGUCUAGUCUGCUCUUUCUGUCCUUAAGUGUUACUAGUGGUUUGCAUCUUGAGGUAAACCCAAUGUAUUUCCAGUAAUGGAGGCGUCUCUUGAAUUUAGACUGUGACAUUAAUACGCCUAACUCCUUGAGAGACUUGUUUAGCUUUUCUUCAUCAAGGAAAGAAUUCUGUGAUCAUCCAUGUUAGUUGUUAGUUGUCUUUGGUCUUCUAAGCUUUUUGAUUAUGGCGCCGGUCCUAAAGUUUCUGCAAUCUCUCUCAUAUGUCUUUUAUUUUCAGCCUUAUGAUGGCCUCCAUCACUUGCAUUGAUGCCUCCCUGGAUGUUUUUGAGAGUUCCCAUGAACAGCUACUGUAACAAAUGCAACUCUAAGACAUUUUGUCUCCAAAUCAUAAUUUGUCAUGAAAUCACGAAGAAAACUGAGACUGCUUAUCUGUCAAUUGUCCAAUUACUUUUGAGCCUGUGAAAAUGCAGGGAAUUUGGAAGAAAAUAGCUGGGAAUUGGAUUUAUGAUGUCAUUGUUUGGCAAUGCUAUUAUGAAAAGCUGUGACAGAAAAGGCGCAGUCACUUUUGGACUACUCGAGAGUCUGCGGAUUGGUUAGAUUUUUUAGAUUUUCUUAAAGAUCUUGAUUUUAUAUUCUAUUUAUAUUUGAAAUAUUAGCUAUAUUUUGAAACAUUACUUAUACUUAUAUAUAAGUCAGUUUUCAAGCCAAAUUUCAGGUCAGAGUCGCAUUUUAUUUUCAUUUUUAUUUAACGCAGAAUCAUAGCACUGGAACCACUGUUGUUUCACUAGGCUGGGACUAAGGCGUUGUAUUUAACCUCAGAAUCUGGUCUCUGUUCCCGUAUCAGUAUCAGAUUCCUCAAACACUUAUACUUUUAAAUUCUGUA